CCCUGGGUGCAGUCGGGAGGAGGAACCGAUUGCAAGAGGCAGCGGGGGGAGUCGGUGAGCAACUGGGCGCAAAGCAGGUGCUCCAGCGAGGGGCGCGGGUGCAGCAGGCUGGGUUGUUGUACGGUAACCAGGGCGGCCGGCUGUCCGCGGCCCUGCACCCGGCAGGAGCGUCCGUGGGGGCUGGGAGGAAGGGAGCCACCUAGACCGCCGGCUCCGGCACAGCGGGACUGAGCCAGCUGGAGGAUCUGCCUGCUCCCUUCGCUGCCUGCAAGAAAGAGAAGGUUCCUGAGUUCAUUUAAGAAGACAAUUUUAAAGCACAAAAAGAAAAAGAAGUGUUCAGUCUUUGGUAGUGCUGUCUUCUCACUGGCUACUCCAGAUGUCUGGGAUUCAUUUAUGACUCAGCAGAUCUGACAAUGUUCAAAGAUGAUUCCCAGAGCAGGAUAGUUUUGCCCUGUCAAAGGUGAAGAUUCUCCUGGUGUUGGUUUCAAGCUACAGGAGGCACCAUGGCGGCCUCCAGAACAGCUUCGCGGUCUCACCGUGACAUUGCCAACGUGAUGCAAAGGUUGCAAGAUGAGCAAGAGAUAGUACAAAAACGCACUUUCACAAAAUGGAUCAACUCUCACCUGGCCAAGCGGAAACCCCCGAUGGCGGUAGAUGAUCUUUUUGAAGACAUGAAAGAUGGUGUUAAGCUGCUUGCCCUUCUGGAGGUCCUGUCUGGGCAGAAACUGCCUUGUGAACAAGGACGCCGUAUGAAGCGCAUCCAUGCUGUGGCUAACAUUGGCACGGCACUCAAGUUCCUUGAAGGCAGGAAGAUUAAAUUAGUCAACAUUAAUUCCACUGAUAUAGCUGAUGGCCGACCCUCAAUAGUUCUUGGAUUGAUGUGGACCAUUAUUCUCUAUUUCCAGAUUGAGGAGCUGACCAGCAACCUGCCACAGCUGCAGUCUUUGUCCAGUAGUGCGUCAUCUGUGGACAGCAUGGUCAGUUCCGAGACCGCCAGCCCACCCAGUAAGCGGAAAGUGGCCACAAAGAUCCAAGGAAAUGCCAAGCAGGCUUUAUUAAAGUGGGUUCAGUAUGCAGUAGCCAAACAGGCUGGAAUAGAAGUCAAAGACUUUGGACGGAGUUGGAGAAGUGGGGUUGCUUUUCAUUCCAUCAUCCAAGCCAUUCGACCGGAGCUAGUAGACUUAGAGAAAGUGAAAGGAAGAUCUAACAGGGAAAAUCUGGAGGAGGCUUUCACUGUUGCUGAAACAGAACUGGGGAUUCCAAGACUGCUGGAUCCUGAAGAUGUUGAUGUGGACAAACCAGAUGAGAAGUCCAUUAUGACCUAUGUAGCCCAGUUUCUGAAACAUUAUCCUGAUAUCCACAAUGCAGGCACUGAUGGGCAAGAGCCUGAUGAAAUACUUCCAGGUUUUCCAUCUUUUGCAAAUUCUAUUCAAAAUUUUAAGAGAGAAGACAGGAUAAUUUUGAAGGAGAUGAAAGUUUGGAUAGAGCAAUUUGAAAGAGAUUUGACAAGGGCACAGAUGACGGAAUCAAGUUUGCACGAUAAGUAUCAGUCUUUUAAGCACUUCAGAGUCCAGUAUGAAAUAAAGAGGAAGCAGAUUGAACACUUAGUACAACCAAUACAUAGAGACGGCAAAUUGUCGCUUGACCAAGCAUUGAUAAAACAAGCUUGGGAUAGAGUGUCCUCCAGGCUCUUUGACUGGCAUAUUCAGCUCGAUAAAUCCCUUCCUGCACCUCUGGGCACUAUAGGUGCCUGGCUGUACCGAGCUGAGGUGGCCCUGAGAGAGGAAAUAGCCAUCCAGCAGGUCCACGAGGAAACGGCAAACACGAUUCAGCGGAAACUUGAGCAGCACAAGGAUCUGCUUCAAAACACAGAUGCCCACAAAAGAGCAUUCCAUGAAAUCUACCGGACCCGGUCUGUUAACGGGAUCCCAGUGCCCCCGGAUCAAUUAGAGGACAUGGCUGAGAGGUUUCAUUUUGUUUCCUCCACAUCAGAGCUACACUUAAUGAAAAUGGAAUUUCUAGAAUUAAAGUACCGUUUGCUGUCACUGCUGGUCCUUGCAGAGUCAAAGCUGAAGUCUUGGAUCAUCAAGUAUGGGAGAAGAGAAUCAGUGGAGCUGCUUCUACAAAAUUACAUUUCUUUUAUAGAAAAUAGCAAAUUCUUUGAGCAAUAUGAAGUGACAUACCAGAUCUUGAAACAGACAGCUGAGAUGUACGUCAAAGCAGAUGGUUCAGUGGAAGAAGCAGAGAAUGUGAUGAAGUUCAUGAAUGAGACCACCACGCAGUGGAGGAACCUGUCGGUGGAGGUACGAAGUGUGAGGAGCAUGCUGGAGGAGGUCAUCUCCAACUGGGAUCGCUACAGCAACACAGUGGCUUCCCUCCAGGCCUGGCUGGAGGAUGCGGAAAAAAUGCUCAACCAGUCAGAACAUGCCAAAAAGGAUUUUUUUCGCAAUUUGCCCCAUUGGAUUCAGCAGCACAGUGCCAUGAAUGAUGCUGGCAAUUUUCUCAUUGAAACCUGUGAUGAGAUGGUUUCCCGUGACCUGAAACAGCAAUUGUUGUUGCUAAAUGGACGAUGGAGGGAGUUGUUUAUGGAAGUCAAGCAAUAUGCAAGAGCUGAUGAGAUGGACAGAAUGAAGAAAGAAUAUGCAGAAUGUGUUACUACCCUAUCUGCUUUUGCAACUGAAGCGCAUAGGAAACUUUCUGAACCCCUAGAAGUCUCUUUUAUUAAUGUCAAGUUACUAAUCCAAGAUUUGGAGGAUAUAGAGCAGAGGGUGCCUGUAAUGGAUGCUCAGUACAAGAUGAUCACAAAGACAGCACACCUCAUUACAAAGGAAAGCCCUCAAGAGGAAGCUAAUGAAAUGUUUGCAACCAUGUCUGGGCUCAAAGAGCAGCUAACCAAGGUCAAAGAAUGUUACCCCCCGCUCCUCUAUGAGUCUCAACAGCUGUCGAUCCCUUUGGAGGAAUUAGAAAAGCAGAUGACAUUCUUUUAUGACUCACUCAGGAAAAUCAAUGAAACUUUAACAGUCCUUGAGCAUGAGGCACAAUCUAGUGCUCUUUUCAAACAAAAGCAUCAGGAACUGUUAGCUUGUCAAGAAAGCUGUAAGAAAACCCUGGCCCUAAUUGAGAAAGGCAGUCAAAAUGUUCAAAAGUUUGUCACCUUGAGCAAUGUGCUAAAGCAUUUUGACCAGACGAAGUUACAAAGACACAUUGCAGAUGUUCAUGUGGCUUUUCAGAAUAUGGUAAAGAAGACGGGUGAUUGGAAGAAACACGUGGAGACCAACAGCCGCCUGAUGAAGAAGUUUGAGGAGUCCCGAGCAGAGCUGGAGAAGGUGCUGCGUAUGGCGCAGGAGGGUCUGGAGGAAAAGGGGGACCCCGAAGACCUUCUGAAGAGACAUACUGAGUUUUUCAGCCAGCUGGACCAAAGGGUGCUAAAUGCUUUCCUGAAAGCUUGUGAUGAGCUCACGGACAUCCUCCCUGAGCAGGAGCAGCAGGGUCUGCAGGAAGCUGUCAGGAAACUCCAUAAGCAAUGGAAGGAUCUUCAAGGAGAAGCCCCAUACCAUUUGCUUCAUCUGAAGAUUGAAGUGGAGAAAAAUCGAUUCUUAGCCGCUAUAAACGAAUGCAGAACUGAGUUGGAUCGGGAAGCAAAGUUGGUGGCCCAGGAGGGCAGCGAAAAGAUGAUUAAAGAACACAGGAUGUUCUUCAGUGACAAAAGUCCUCAUCACCUCUGUGAGAAGAGACUGCAGCUCAUCGAAGAGCUGUGCCUGAAACUCCCGGGGCGGGAUGCCGUGCGAGACACACCCAACACCUGCCACGCGACGCUCAGGGAGCUCAGAGCGGACAUCGACAAGACCUUCAGGCGGCUCAGGGAGGACCCGGACAAAUGGAGGGACUACAGCAGCAGAUUUUCUGAGUUCUCAUCUUGGAUAUCUGCAAAGGAGGCACAGUUGAAGGGGAUUAAGGAUGAGACAAUCGAUACUGCCAGCCAUGGAGAGGUUAAACAGGUUGUAGAGGAGAUCAGAAAUGGUGUUACCCAAAAAGGAGAGACUCUCAGCUGGCUGAAAUCCAGGCUUAAAGUUUUGACUGAAGUUUCUUCCGAGAAGGAAGCCCAGAAACAAGGGGAUGAGCUGGCAAAGUUAUCUAGUGGCUUCAAGUCUCUUGUAACACUGCUGUCCGAGGUUGAAAAGAUGUUAAGCAACUUUGGUGACUGUGUCCAGUACAAAGAAAUAGUAAAAAGUUCCCUUGAAGAGUUAAUUUCUGACUCUAAAGAAAUCCAGGAACAAGCUGAAAAGAUCCUGGACACUGAAAAUCUGUUGGAAGCACAGCAGUUACUUCUUCAUCACCAGCAAAAGACAAAGAGGAUCUCUGCAAAAAAGAGAGAUGUGCAGCAGCAGAUUGCUCAGGCGGGACAGGAAGAAGGUGGGCUGCCCGGCAGAGCCCGAGAGGAGCUGCAGAAGCUGGAGAGUACCCUGGGUGGUGUGGAGCACAGCAGAGAGAAGCAGGAACGCCGCAUCCAGGUCUCAUUAAGAAAAUGGGAGCGAUUUGAAACAAACAAAGAGACAGUAGUCAGAUACCUUUUUCAAACAGGUUCCAGUCACGAACGCUUCUUGAGUUUUAGCAGUUUGGAAAGUUUAUCUUCAGAAUUGGAACAGACAAAGGACUUUUCUAAACGAACAGAAGGUAUUGCAGUGCAGGCUGAAAAUCUUGUAAAGGAAGCUUCGGAGAUACCACUUGGGCCCAAGAAUAAGCAGUUGCUUCAACAACAGGCCCAGUCAAUCAAAGAGCAAGUCAAAAAAUUAGAAGACACGCUUAAAGAAGAUAUUAAAACCAUGGAAAUGGUGAAAAACAAGUGGGAUCAUUUUGGCAAUAAUUUUGAGACCCUGUCCAUCUGGAUAACUGAGAAAGAAAAAGAACUCAAUGCCUUGGAAACGUCAUCAUCUGCCUUGGACAUGCAAAUCAACCAAAUUAAGAUCUCAAUUCAGGGAAUAGAAAGCAAGAUCAGCAGCAUUACGGGCUUGGAAGAAGAAGCUCAGUCUUUUGCUCAAUUUCUUACCAGUGGAGAAUCGGCUCGAAUCAAAGCCAAGCUGACACAAAUAAGAAGAUACUGGGAUGAACUCCGAGAGCAUGCACAGUGUCUGGAAGGAACAAUCCUGGGACAUUUAUCUCAGCAGCAAAAGUUUGAAGAGAAUCUUAAAGAGAUCCAGCAGUCUGUGUCUGAAUUUGAAGAUAAACUUGCUGAACCAAUUAAAAUAUGCUCUUCAGCUACAGAAACAUACAAAGUUCUCCAAGAACAUAUGGAUGUCUGCCAGGCUCUGGAGUCUCUAUCCAGCCCAGUCUCCGCGUUUGCAGCCAGUGCCCGCAAGGUCUCUAAUAGGGACUCCUCUGUUCGGGAAGCUGCGGCCAUACAGCAGCAAUAUGAGGGGAUGCUGAGCAGGGCUAAAGAGAGGCAGGAGGCUCUAGAGAACCUUCUGGAACACUGGCAGAGGCUAGAGAAAGAACUGUCAUCUUUUCUGACCUGGUUAGAGCGUUGUGAAGCUAUAGCCAGUUCCCCAGAAGUGGGUGUUUCUGCAGACAGAGUCAAAGUGGAGGGUGAACUUCAAUCAAUACAGGCACUGCAAAAUGAAGUUGUAGCCCAGGCCGCCUCCUACAGCAACCUUUUGCAGUUGAAGGAAUCGCUUUUCUCAGUGGCCUCCAAAGAUGAUGUGAAAAUGGUGAAACUGCAGAUGGAGCAGUUGGAUGAGAGAUGGAGAGUUUUGCCACAGAUAAUUAGCAAGAGGAUUAGUUUUCUUCAGUCUGUGGUUGCUGAACACCAGCAAUUUGAUGAGCAGCUGCUUUCAUUUUCUGUCUGGAUUAAGCUGUUUCUCAGUGAAUUACAGUCUACUUCGGAGAUAAGCAUGGUGGACCACCUAGCAGCUCUGACAAGGCAUAAGGACCACACAGCGGAAGUGGAGAGCAGGAAGGCAGACAUGCAGAAUCUUCGGGGUCACCUGGCAAAGCUGGGUUCUCUCGGCCGAGCUGAAGACCUCCACCUCCUCCAGGGCAAGGCAGAGGACUGCUUCCAGCUGUUUGAGGAGACCAGCCAGGUGGUUGGAAGGCGCCAGCUGGCCCUGUCCCAGCUGGCAGAAUUUCUACAGAGCCAUGCCUCCCUGACAGGGUUGCUCCACCAGCUGAGGCAAAUGGUGGAAGCCACCAACAGUAUGAAUAAGAAACAGUCCGAUCUUUUAGAAAAGGACCUGACUGCUGCUAUUCAAGAUGCUAAAGCCUUAGAAUCCAUGGCCAUCAGUCUGGACAGCAUUCUUGCAAAAGCCCAGUACCAUCUGAAAAGCGGGAGCCCUGAGCAAAGGGCUUCUUGCAGAGCCUCUGCUGACCAGCUCUGUCUAGAAUUAGAGAAGAUCCAGAACCUUCUGGGAACCAAACAGAGUGAGGCCGAUGCCCUGGCACUACUAAAGAAAGCCUUCCAUGACCAGAGAGAGGAGCUGCUGAAAAGCAUCGAGGACAUUGAAGAAAGGACUGACAAAGAACGAUUAAAAGAACUUACCCGUCAAGCUCUUCAACAGAGGUUGAGAGUCUUUAAUCAGUUAGAAGAUGAACUGAAUUCUCAUGAACAUGAACUAUGUUGGUUGAAAGACAAAGCAAAACAAAUUGCUCAGAAAGAUGUAGCUUUUGCACCUGAAGUCGAUAGAGAGAUAAACCGUUUAGAAGCCACCUGGGAUGAUACCAAAAAACUCAUUCAUGAAAACCAGGGUCAAUGCUGUGGACUUAUUGAUUUAAUGAGAGAAUAUCAGAACUUGAAGUCAGCUGUAACUAAAAUCCUAGAAAAUGCCAGCAAUGUGCUUGUAACCAGAACUACUAUAAAAGAUCAGGGGGACCUGAAAUGGGCUUUAUCUAAGAACGAAGCUGCCAAGAAUGAAAUGAAUGAGAAACAGAAAGUGUUGGAUAACUUUACCAGUAAAGGAAAACACUUGCUGUCUGAGCUAAAAAAAAUUCACAGCGGUGACUUCAUCUUGGUGAAAACCGACACGGAGAGCACUGUGGACAGAUGGUUGGAUAUAUUGGAGAGAAUUGAGGAGAACAUGGAUAGGCUGAGAGUAAGCCUGUCCAUUUGGGACGAUGUGCUUUCCAGUAAAGAGGAGAUCGAUGGAUGGGCCAACAACUCUGUGCCCCAACUGUCUAAAACCAUCAGCAAUCUGAAUGACAGACUCAAAACAGAAGAGUUCCUUAAAGAAUUUGAGUCUGAAGUUAAAAACAAAGCUUUGCGAUUGGAAGAACUUCAUUCCAAAGUUAAUGAUCUCAAAGAAUUAACAAAAAAUCCAGAAACACCUCCAGACCUUCAGUUUAUAGAAGCAGACUUGAGGCAGAAACUGGAUCAUGCCAAAGAAAUAACUGAAGUAGCAAAAGGAACCCUGAGAGAUUUCACUGCUCAGACCACACAGGUGGAGAAAUUUGUUAAUGACAAAACAACCUGGCUGUCAAAACUGGAAGAAUCAUUGCUGAACUAUGCUCAAGCUGAGACAUGUGAAGGGUUGAAAAAAGUAAAGGAAAUACAAAAAGAUCUUCAGAGUCAGCAAAGCAACAUCAGCUCUACCCAAGAAAAUCUUAAUAGCUUGUGCCGCAAAUACCACUCGGUUGAGUUGGAGAGCCUGGGCAGUGCGAUGACGGAGCUGAUAAAGAAACAUGAAGCUGUGAGCCAGCUGUGCUCCAAAGCACAAGCUAGCCUGCAAGAGUCUCUGGAAAACCACUUCAAUGAGUCUAUGCAGGAAUUCCAAAAAUGGUUUUCUGGAAUAAAGGCAGCAGCAAAAGAAUCAUCAGAUAGAACUGGCGACAGCAAAGUUCUGGAGGCAAAGCUCCAUGAUCUUCAGAAUGUUUUGGACUCAGUCAGUGAUGGACAGAGCAAACUUGAUGCUGUGACUCAAGAAGGACAAACUCUGUAUGCCCAUUUGUCUAAGCAAAUUGUCAGUAGUAUUCAGGAGCAAGUUACAAAGGCUAACGAAGAGUUCCAGGCGUUUCUGAAACAGUGCCUUAGAGACAAACAGGCUCUUCAAGACUGUGCUUUACAACUUGGGAGCUUCGAGGAUCAGCACAGAAAACUGAACUUAUGGAUUCAUGAAAUGGAAGAAAGGUUAAGUACAGAAAACUUGGGGGGGAGUAAACAGCACAUUCCUGAGAAGAAAAAUGAAGUUCAUAAAGUUGAAAUGUUUCUGGGAGAACUACUGGCUGCAAGAGAGUCUCUUGAUAAGCUUUCCCAGAGAGGGCAGCUUCUCAGCGAAGAAGGCCAUGGCGCCGGGAAGGAAGGACGCCUGUGUGCACAGCUCCUCACCAGCUACCAGAAUUUACUCCGGCUGACCAAGGAGAAGCUCCACAGCUGCCAGCUGGCCCUCCAGGAGCACGAAGUCCUGGAAGAAGCACUGCAGAGCAUGUGGUCCUGGCUGAGGGAUGUGCAAGACAGGUUGGCGUGUGCAGAGAGCACCGUUGGGAGCAAAGACCUCCUGGAGAAGCGGCUGCUGCAGAUCCAGGACAUUCUCCUGAUGAAAGGUGAAGGAGAAGUGAAGUUGAACAUGGCCAUUGGCAAAGGGGAACAAGCCUUGAGAAGUAGCAACAAAGAAGGUCAGAAGGUGAUUGAGACUCAGCUACAGACCCUUAAAGACACGUGGGCUAACAUCAUGAGCUCCUCCGUUCGUGCUCAGAGCACUUUAGAGUCUGUGCUUAGCCAAUGGAAUGACUAUCUAGAAAGGAAAAACCAGUUGGAAAAGUGGAUGGAAUCAGUGGACCAGAAAGUAGAGCAUCCUUUACAACUGCAGCCGGAUUUGAAGGAGAAGUUCUCCCUGCUGGACUACUUUCAGUCCAUUGUCUCUGAGGCAGAAGAACAUGCUGGAGCCCUUCACAGCCUAGCUGCAAAAUCCAGGGAACUCUAUGCAAAGACGGAGGAUGCAUCUUUCAAAGAAACAACUCAAGAGGAACUGAAGAUGCAGUUUAAUGAUAUAACAACGGUUGCCAAGGAGAAAAUGAGGAAAAUGGAAGAGAUUGUGAAGGACCAUCUCAUGUAUUUGGAUGCAGUGCAGGAAUUUACAGAUUGGCUCCACUCAGCAAAGGAAGAGCUUCACCGGUGGUCAGAUAUGUCUGGAGAUUCAUCAGCCACCAAGAAAAAGUUGUCUAAAAUUAAGGAGUUGAUAGAUUCCAGAGAGAUCGGUGCAGGCCGCCUGGGCAGAGUGGAGUGGCUGGCUCCCGCCGUGAAACAGAACACGACUGCCAGGGGGUGUGAGCUCCUGGACGGGGAGAUGCAGGCCCUGCGGGCCGACUGGAAGCAGUGGGAAGCCGGAGUUUUCCAGACGCAGGGCAGCCUGGAGGACCUGGUGAGCCAAAUGGCCCUCUCGGAGCAGGAGUUCUCCGGUCAAGUGGCUCAGCUCGAGCAGGCCCUGGAGCAGUUCGGGGUCCUUCUGGAAGACUGGUCCCAGCAGCUAGCACUCCUGGAAGGCAAGAACACGGACAAGGAGCUCGCCGAAUGCUGGCACAAAGGAAAAGAGAUACUGAAUGCUCUAGAAAAAGCAGAGCCUAAGACUGAGGCUCUCAAGUCUCAGCUCAAUGAACUUUGUCGAUUUUCCAGAGAUGUGAGCACAUACAGUGGAAAUGUUUCUGGCUUGAUUAAAGAGUAUAAUUGCCUUUGUUUGCAAGCAUCCAAGGGUUGUCAGAAUAAAGAACAGAUCUUACAACAAAGAUUUCGGAAAGCUUACAGAGACUUCCAGCAGUGGUUGGUUAAUGCGAAAAUCACCACAGCUAAAUGUUUUGAUAUACCUCAGAAUAUUAGUGAAGUUUCAACAAGUCUUCAAAAAAUACAGGAGUUUUUGUCAGAAAGUGAAAAUGGACAGCAUAAGCUAAACAUGAUGCUGUCUAAAGGAGAACUCUUGAUUCCGCUGUUGACUGAAGAGAAAGCUAAAGGUAUCCAGGCCAAAGUUUCAGCUGCAAAAGAAGAUUGGAAAAAUUUUCAUUCAAAUCUACACCAAAAGGAAUCUGCCCUAGAGAAUCUAAAGAUCCAAAUGAAGGACUUCGAAAUAAGUGCUGAGCCUGUCCAGGACUGGUUGAGUAAAACCGAGAAGAUGGUACAUGAAAGUACCAACCGGCUCUUUGAUCUGCCAGCAAAAAGGAGAGAACAGCAGAAGCUCCAGUCUGUCCUUGAGGAAAUAAACUGCUACGAGCCUCAGCUCAACAGGCUAAAAGAGAAAGCUCAGCAGCUGUGGGAAGGACAGGCUGCCAGCAAGAGCUUUAUGCACAGAGUGUCGCAGCUGUCUUCUCAGUAUCUAGCGCUAAGCAAUCUAACCAAGGAGAAAGUGUCAAGAUUGGACAGGAUUGUUGCAGAGCACAAUCAGUUCUCUCUCGGGAUUAAAGAACUACAAGACUGGAUGACUGAUGCGGUGCACAUGCUGGAUUCUUACUGCCACCCAACAUCUGACAAGAGUGUGCUGGAUAGCAGGAUGCUGAAGCUGGAGGCUCUGUUGUCAUUGAAGCAGGAAAAAGAGAUCCAGAUGAAUAUGAUAGUGACCAGAGGGGAGUCUGUCUUGCAGAAUACCUCUCCGGAAGGCCUACCUGCUCUGCAGCAGCAGCUGCAGGCCGUGAAGGAUACGUGGGCCUCCUUUCUGUCUGCAGGGAUUCGAUGUAAAAGUCAACUCGAAGGAGCUCUAUCUAAAUGGACAAGUUAUCAGGAUGAUGUUCGGCAGUUUUCCAGUUGGAUGGACAGCGUCGAAGCCAGCAUAAAUGAAUCUGAAAGGCAGUGUGCGGAACUCCGGGAGAAGACGGCUGCCCUGGGAAAAGCCAAGUUAUUAAAGGAAGAAGUCCUGAGUCACAGCAGCUUGUUGGAGACCAUAGAAGUCAAAGGAGCUGGCAUGAUGGAGCACUAUGUCGCCCAGCUGGAACUCCAGGAUCUGCAGGAACGAUACAGAGCGAUCAAAGAGAGGGUCAAGGAAGAAGUAACCAAGUCUGAAAAACUAGUUCGUCUGCACCAAGAGUACCAGAGAGACCUAAAGGCCUUUGAAGUUUGGCUGGGGCAAGAACAAGAGAAGCUGGAUCAAUACUCGGUUCUUGAAGGUGAUGUUAACGCUCAUGAGACAACAUUAAGGGAUCUUCAGGAGCUGCAGGUACGCUGUGCAGAAGGGCAGGCGUUACUGAACUCAGUGCUACACAUCCGGGAGGAAGUGAUCCCAUCCGGCCUUCCACAGACAGAGGACCGGGCUCUGGAGUCCCUCCGACAGGAUUGGCAGGCUUACCAGCAGAAGCUGUGUGAGACACGCAUGCACUUCAAUAACCUAGCGAACAAACUGCGGCUGAUGGAGCAAAAAUGUCAGCAAGUAGAUGAAUGGCUGAAAGCACUGGAGGAGAAGGUUUGUCUCAGGACUGGACGUCAGUCGAACCGAGCCACCAAGGAGAUGCAAUUGCAUCAGAUGAAGAAGUGGCAUGAAGAAAUCACAGCAUGCAGAGAUGAAGUGGAGGAAGUAGGAGCCGGAGCCCAGGAGAUCCUGGACGAGAGCCACGUGAGCAGCAGGAUGGGCUGCCGGGCCACCCAGCUGACUUCCAGAUACCAGGCCCUCCUUCUCCAAGUGCUGGAACAAAUAAAAUUCCUGGAGGAGGAGAUCCAGAGUUUAGAGGAAUCAGAAUUAUCCCUCAGUUCUUAUGCUGAUUGGUACAGCUCAACUCAUAAAAACUUCAAGAAUGUGGCUACCAAAAUUGAUAAAGUAGAUAGAGCCUUGAUGGAGAAGAAAAUGAAGAUGUUGGAGGUUUUGCUAAAAGACAUGGAGAAAGGCCACAGUUUGCUGAAAUCGGCUCGGGAGAAAGGAGAGAGGGCAGUGAAAUACCUGGAGGAGGAUGAGGUGGAAACAUUCAGGAAAGAGAUCCAUGAUCACAUGGAGCGGUUGAAGGAACUGACCAGCACUGUCCGCAGAGAGCACCUAAUCCUGGAGAAGGGCCUUCAGUUAGCAAAGGAAUUCUCAGAUAAAUAUAAAGCCCAGACUCAAUGGAUUGCAGAGUACCAGGAAAUCCUACACGCUCCUGAAGAACCCAAAAUGGAAUUAUAUGAGAAGAAAGCUCAAUUAUCUAAAUACAAGUCUCUUCAACAAACGGUGCUGUCCCAUGAACCAUCAGUAAAAUCCGUGCGAGAGAAAGGUGAAGCUCUUCUGGAACUAGUGCAGGACACUCCUUUAAAGGACAAAAUCGAUAAACUUCAUGCUGAUUACCAGGACCUCUGCAAUGCAGGAAAAGAGCACGUCUUGAGUCUUGAGGCAAAAGUCAAGGACCACGAAGAUUAUAACAGUGAGCUGCAAGAAGUGGAAAAGUGGUUGCUGCAGAUGUCAGGCAGGCUAGUGGCCCCCGACCUCAUGGAACCAAGCAGCCUGGAGACCAUCACCCAGCAACUGGCCCAUCACAAGGCAAUGAUGGAAGAAAUUGCUGGCUUUGAAAACCGUUUGAACAACCUUAAAAUUCAAGGCGACAAUUUGGUCAGUCAGUGCGCAGAUCACCUUCAAGCUAAACUUAAACAAAACGUCCGUGCUCACCUCCAGGGCACGAAGGAUAGUUACUCAGCCAUCUGCAGUACAGCACAGAGGGUGUACCAGAGUUUGGAACAUGAGCUUCAGAAGCAUGUUAGCCGACAAGACACCCUGCAGCAGUGCCAGGCCUGGCUCUCCGCGGUCCAACCAGAUCUGAAGCCCAGCCCUCUCCCACCUCCCAGCAGGGCAGAAGCUGUUAAGCAGGUCAAACACUUCCGAGCUUUGCAAGAGCAAGCAAGGACCUACUUAGAUCUCCUUUGCUCAAUGUGUGACUUGUCAAAUUCUACAGUGAAAACCACAGCAAAAGACAUUCAGCAAACAGAGCAAAUGAUUGAACAGAGGCUUGUCCAGGCUCAGAACCUAACUCAGGACUGGGAAGAGAUCAAGCACAUGAAGGCUGAGCUUUGGAUUUAUCUCCAGGAUGCCGAUCAGCAGCUGCAGAACAUGAAGCGGAGACACUCAGAACUGGAGCUCAAUAUUGCACAGAACAUGGUUUCUCAAGUAAAGGAUUUUGUUAAGAAACUACAGUCCAAACAGGAGUCAGUGACUGCAAUCAUUGAAAAGGUGAACAAGUUAACAAAGAAGCAGGAGUCCCCCGAGCAUAAGGAGAUCAGUCAUUUAAAUGACCAGUGGCGAGACCUGUGCCUUCAGUCUAACACUCUGUGUUUAAAAAGAGAAGAGGAUCUCCAGAGAACAAAAGAUUACCAUGACUGUAUGAAUGUCAUUGAAGUUUUCUUAGAAAAAUUUACUGCAGAAUGGGACAGCUUGGCCAGAUCCGACACAGAGAGCACUGCUGUCCACUUGGAGGCUUUGAAAAAGUUAGCACUGGCAUUGCAGGAAAGGAAAUAUGCUGUUGAAGACCUGAAAGAUCAGAAACAGAAAAUAAUAGAGCACCUGAAUUUAGAUGACAAAGAAUUAGUUAAAGAACAGACACAUCACUUUGAACAACGCUGGUUUCAGCUCGAGGACCUUGUUAAGAAGAAAAUCCAAGCAUCGGUCACCAACCUGGAGGAGCUGAGUGUUGUUCAGUCCAGAUUUCAGGAGCUAAUGGAGUGGGCAGAAGAGCAACAACCCAGCAUUGCCGAGACCCUCAAGCAGAGCCCCCCUCCCGAUAUGGCUCAGAACCUUCUCAUGGAUCACCUUGUCAUCUGCAGUGAACUGGAGACCAAGCAGAUGCUCCUGAAAUCACUCAUAAAGGAUGCUGACAGGGUGAUGGCUGACCUUGGCCUAAAUGAGCGGCAGCUAAUCCAGAAGACACUCUCUGAUGCCCAAAGACACGUGAAUUGUCUGAGUGACUUGGUGGGCCAGAGACGAAAGUACUUAAACAAGGCCUUGUCCGAGAAAACCCAGUUUCUCAUGGCGGUAUUCCAGGCUACCAGCCAAAUCCAGCAACAUGAGCGAAAGAUGAUGUUCCGUGAACACAUCUGCCUGUUACCAGAUGAUGUCAGCAAACAAAUUAAAACCUGUAAGAGUGCACAAGCCAGCCUCAAGACCUACCAAAAUGAAAUCUCCGGACUUUGGGCCCAGGGUCGCGAUUUAAUGAAAGGAGUCACAGAACAGGAAAAGAGCGAAGUACUGGGCAAGCUUCAGGAAUUGCAGAGUGUCUAUGACGCUGUUUUACAGAAGUGUGCCCAUCGGCUACAAGAGCUGGAGAAAAGUUUAGUUUCUAGGAAGCACUUUAAAGAAGAUUUCGAUAAGGCUUGUCACUGGCUAAAACAAGCGGAUAUCGUCACAUUCCCUGAAAUCAACCUGAUGAAUGAGAGUACAGAGCUUCAUACACAACUGGCCAAAUACCAACACAUUCUUGAACAGUCUCCAGAAUAUGAAAAUCUCCUACUUACGCUACAGAGAACUGGGCAGGCCAUAUUUCCAUCGCUGAACGAGGUUGAUUAUUCCUACCUCGAUGAAAAGCUAAGUUCUCUGCCCCAGCAAUUUAAUGUCAUCAUUACCUUGGCCAAAGACAAGUUCUAUAAAGUUCAAGAAGCAAUUCUUGCUCGAAAGGAAUACUCUUCCUUUAUCGAGUUGGCCGCCCAGUCUCUGAGUGAGCUUGAAGAUCGAUUCCUGAAGACGAGGCAAGUUCCCACCGAGCUGGAAGUGGAAGAGGCCCUCUCUCUUCAGGGUGAUUCCAGAGCUCUUCUGGAAGAGGUGGCAAGCUUCGGGGAUGCGGUCGAUGAGCUGAACCAGAAGAAAGAGAGUUUUCGCAGCACAGGUCAACCUUGGCAUCCAGACAGGGUGCUGCACCUGGUCACCCUAUAUCAGAGACUGAAGCGACAAACGGAGCAAAGGGUUAGCUUAUUAGAAGAUAUCACCAGUGCUUACCAAGAGCAUGAAAAGAUGUGCCAACAGCUGCAGAAACAAUUGGAAGCUGUGAAAAAAGAGCAGACCCAAGUGAAUGAGGAAACACUUCCUGCUGAGGAAAAGCUCAAAAUCUAUCACUCCUUGGCAGGAAGUCUUCAGGACUCAGGAAUCCUGCUAAAGCGAGUGACUGGGCAUCUUGAAGAGCUUUCUCCACACCUUGAUCCCUUGGCUUAUGAGAAAGCCCAGCGUCAGACCCAGUGCUGGCAAGAGGAGCUGAAGGUGUUAACUUCUGCCAUCGGAGAGACGGUGACCGAGUGUGAGAACCGAAUGGUGCAGAGCAUAGACUUCCAGACAGAGGUGAGCCGUGCCCUGCAGUGGCUGAGGAGCGUGAAAGGGGAGCUGAGUGGGCCCAUGUGCUUGGACCUGAACCUGCAGGACAUCCAGGAGGAGAUCCGCAAGGUCCAAAUCCAUCAGGAGGAGGUGCAGUCCAGCUUGAGGAUAAUGAAUGCACUGAGUAACAAGGAGAAGGAGAAGUUCACGAAGGCGAAGGAACUCAUUUCUGCUGAUUUGGAACAUACCCUUGCAGAACUCUCAGAGAUCGAUGGGGAAGUUCAGGAAGCUUUACGUACCAGACAGGCCACCUUGACUGAAAUAUACAGUCAGUGUCAAAGAUAUUAUCAAGUGUUUCAAGCAGCCAACGACUGGCUCGAGGAUGCCCAGGAAAUGUUACAACUGGCAAGCAGUGGUGUAGAUGUGGAGAGCUCGGAGGAAAAUCUAAAGAGCCACAUGGAAUUCUUCAGUACAGAGGAUCAAUUCCGUGGUAAUCUGGAGGAACUUCAAGGCCUGGGAUCCAGCCUGGACCCACUCAUCAAGCCAGCUGGGAAAGAGGAUCUCACACAGAAAAUGGCUUCCUUGGGAGAGAGGAGUCAAAGAGUAAUCCAGGAUGCACAUGCCCAAUUAGAUCUCUUGCAAAGAUGUGCAGCUCAAUGGCAGGAUUACCAGGCAGCGAGGGGAGAGGUUAUUGAAUUGAUGAAUGAAGCAGAAAAGAAAUUGUCUGAGUUUUCUUUACUGAAGACUUCUUCCAGCCAUGAAGCAGAAGGAAAAUUGUCAGAACACAAGGCUUUAGUGUCAGUAAUUAGCUCUUUCCGUGAGAAGGUUGCAUCCCUAGAGGAAAAAGCUUCACAACUGCAGAAAGAUGGAAAUGAUGCAAGCAAAGCAGCCAUCAGCAGGUCAAUGACGACUGUCUGGCAGCGCUGGACGCGGCUCCAUGCCGUGGCCCAGGACCAGGAGAAGAUUUUAGAAGAUGCAGUGGACGAGUGGAAGAACUUUAACGAUAAGGUUAAGAAAAGCACUGAAGUGAUUGACCAGCUGCAAGAUAAGUUGCCUGGAAGUUCAGCAGAGAAAGCCUCAAAAGCAGAACUCCUAACUCUCCUGGACUAUCAUGACUCUUUCACUCUGGAGCUGGAACAGCAGCAGGCAGCCUUGGGCAUGCUGCAGCAGCAAGCACUAAGCAUGCUCCAGGAUGGGGUCCCCCCAGCAGCUCCUGGAGAAGAGCCAGCUGCCCUAAAGGAAAUCAUGGCAAUGCAAGACCGAUGCCUAAACAUGCAGGAGAAAGUGAAGAACAGUGGAAAGUUGGUAAAGAAGGAGCUGAAGGAGCGUGGAGUGGUGGAGGCUCAGAUCAACUCUGUGAAAUCUUGGGUUCAGGAAAUGAGGGAAUAUUUGGGGAAUCCAACAAUAGAAAUAGACGCUCAACUUGAAGAACUUCAGAUUCUCUUAAAAGAAUGCACACAUCACCGACAGAACGUUGAGAAAAUGGCUGAAGAGCAGAAGAAUAAGUACCUGGGUCUGUAUACUAUAUUACCUGCAGAAGUCUCCCUUCAGCUAGCCGAAGUGGCAUUGGACCUAGGAACUAUCUAUGAUCAGAUCCAGGACAAAGUAAAAGAAAUUGAGCAGAACAAGGCCACGAGCCAGGAGUUCAGCCGGCAAAUUCAGAAGGUAGCCAGAGAUCUCACAGCUAUUCUCACGAAGCUGAAAGCAAAGACCGAUAAUUUGGAUCAAGCUAAAACUGACCAAAAGGUAUUGGGAGAAGAAUUAGAUGGCUGUAAUACAAAGUUAAUGGAACUAGACACAGCAGUGCAAAAAUUCUCUGAACAGAAUGGCCAAUUAGGUAAGCCGCUGGCCAAGAAGAUAGGAAAACUGACUGAGCUCCACCAGCAGACCAUGAGGCAGGCUGAGAGUCGGCUCUCCAAACUCAGCCAGGCAGCAUCAUAUUUAGAAGAAUAUAAUGAAAUGCUUGAAUUCAUUUUGAAGUGGAUUGAAAAAGCUAAGGUCUUGGUGCAUGGCAAUAUUGCAUGGAAUUCUGCAAGCCAACUUCGGGAGCAAUACAUUUCACAUCAGAGCCUGCUGGAAGAAUCUGAAGAAAUCCACAGCGAUCUGGAGGCAAUGACUGAAAAACUCCAACACCUCACGAGUGUGUACUCGACAGGGAAAAUGUCUCAGCAAGUGGCAGUGCUGGGACGGGAGGCUGAGGAGUUGCGGCAAAUGAUCAAAAUUCGUUUGCAGAGUCUCCAAGAUGCUGCCAAGGACAUGAAAAAGUUUGAGGCAGAGUUAAAAAACCUACAAGCUGCUGUGGAGCAAGCCCAGACAACGCUGACUUCUCCAGAAGUUGGACGACUCAGUCUGAAAGAGCAACUUUCUCAUCGACAGCAUCUGUUGUCCAAAAUGGAGUCGCUGAAGCCCAAAGUCCAAGCUGUGCAGUCCUGCCAGAGCGCACUACGGAUCCCCGAGGACGUGGUGACCAGCCUGCCACUCUGCCAGGCAGCCCUGCGCCUGCAGAAUGAGGCCAGCCGGCUGCAGCAUGCGGCCAUCCAGCGGUGCAACAUCAUGCAGGAGGCUGUGGUGCAGUAUGAGCAGUAUGAGCAAGAAAUGAAGCACCUCCAGGAGCUGAUAGAAGGAGCUCACAGAGAGAUUGAGGACAAGCCCAUGGCCACCAGCAACAUCCAGGAGCUGCAGGCCCAGAUUUCUCAGCACGAGGAGCUGGCCCAGAAAAUCAAGGGUUACCAGGAGCAGAUCGCCUCUCUGAAUUCCAAGUGCAAGAUGCUCAGCAUGCGGGCCAAGCACGCCACAAUGCUGCUGACCGUGACCGAGGUGGAGGGGCUGGCGGCCGUCACGGAGGACCUGGACCAGGAGCUCCUCCCCGCGCCCUCGGCCCAGCCCUCUGUGGUCAUGGUGACUGCUGGCCGCUGCCACACCUUGCUGUCCCCUGUCAGUGAGGAGUCUGGGGAGGAGGGGACCAGCAGUGAGGUCUCCUCUCCACCUGCCUGCCGCUCUCCGUCACCUGUGGCUCACACAGAUGCUUCUGUUAACCAGGACAUUGCUUAUUACCAAGCCUUGUCUGCCGAGAGGUUGCAGACAGAUGCUGCCAGGAUCCAGCCCAGCCCGUCCUCAUUCCAGCAGCUCUAUGACCCAGGACUGGAGCCAUCCGCUACGGCUAAACUGGACGAUUUGCAGCGUUCUUGGGAAACCUUGAAGAAUGUGAUCAGUGAAAAACAGCGUUCCCUCUAUGAAGCAUUGGAACGCCAACAGAAGUACCAAGAUUCCUUGCAGUCCAUCUCUACAAAAAUGGAGGCUGUGGAGAUGAGACUCAAUGAGAGUCUAGAACUUGGCAAGAGUCCAGAAAGCCAGAUGGCUGAACACCAGGCACUGAUGGACGAGAUCCUCAUGCUUCAAGAUGAAAUCAAUGAGCUUCAGUCUUCUCUGGCAGACGAGCUGGUGUCCGAGUCCCCAGAGUCUGACCCUGCAGAGCAGCUGGCCCUGCAGUCCACACUGACUGUGCUGGCCGACAGGAUGUCCACCAUCAAGAUGAAAGCAUCAGGGAAGCAACAGCUUUUGGAGGAAAAGCUAAACGAACAGCUGGAGGAGCAGAAGCAGGAGCAGGCCCUGCAGAGGUACCUCUGCGAGGCAGACGAGCUGGGCCACUGGCUGCUGAGUACCAAGGCCACUCUGGACAGCGCGCUGGGCACACCCACAGAGCCCAUGGACAUGGAGGCUCAGCUGGAGGACUGCCAGAACAUGCUGGUGGAAAUUGAGCAGAAGGUGGUGGCCUUGUCGGAGCUCUCAGUCCACAACGAAAGCCUGCUGCUGGAGGGCAAGGCUCACACCAAGGACGAGGCUGAACAACUUGCCGGGAAACUGAGGACGCUCAAGGAGAGCCUCCUGGAGUUGCAGAGAGCUCUGCACGACAAGCAGCUCACCAUUCAGCAGGGGGCAGCCGCCGAGAAGGAGGAGAGCAGCGCUGACCCUGAGGCCUUUCCGAGCGCCAGCGUCCAGGAGUGGCUGGCCCAUGCACGCAGCUCACGGACCCACCAGCGGCAGAGCAGUCUCCAGCAGCAAGAAGAGUUAAAACAGGAAUUAGCAGAACAGAAGAGCCUCCUUCAGUCAGUAGCCAGUCGUGGAGAGGAAAUUCUAACCCAACAUUCCGCUGCAGAAACCUCUGGCAUUGGUGAAAAACCUGAUGUGUUAUCCCAGGAGUUGGGGAUGGAGGGGGAGAGAGCAUCCGCUGAAGACCAGAUGAGAAUGAAAUGGGAAAGCCUACACCAAGAAUUUAGUACCAAGCAGAAACUGCUACAGAAUGUUCUGGAACAGGAACAAGAACAAGUGCUUUACAGCAAGCCCAACCGGCUCCUGUCUGGCGUGCCACUGUACAAAGGGGAUGGGCACACCCAAGACAAGGCUGCAGUUACAUCUCUACUGGAUGGAUUGAACCAGGCCUUCGAGGAAGCGUCAUCCCAGGGUGGAGGGACAAAGAGGCAGAAUAUUCACUUGGAACAGAAGUUAUAUGAUGGAGUCUCAGCUACCUCUACUUGGUUGGAUGAUGUUGAAGAACUUUUGUUUGUUGCCUCAGCACUGUUACCGGAAGAAACAGAAACUUGCAUCUUCAACCAAGAGACUCUUGCCAAAGAUAUUAAGGAAAUGUCUGAAGAAAUGGAUAAGAACAAGAACUUGUUUUCUCAAGCAUUUCCAGAGAAUGGUGAUAACCGAGACGUGAUUGAGGACACUUUGGGCUGUCUUUUUGGCAGGUUAUCUUUGCUAGACUCAGUGGUAAAUCAACGAUGUCAUCAGAUGAAGGAAAGGCUUCAAAAAAUACUAACAUUCCAGAAUGACCUGAAGGUGCUGUUUACAUCACUUGCUGACAGCAAAUACAUCAUUCUGCAGAAACUGGCCAAUGUAUUUGAACAGCCUAUAGCGGAACAAAUAGAGGCAAUCCAGCAGGCGGAAGAUGGGCUGAAAGAGCUUGAUGCAGGGAUCAUCGAAUUAAAAAAACAAGGGGACAAACUGCAGAUUGAGCAGCCAUCCAUGCAGGAGCUCUCCAAACUCCAGGACAUGUAUGAUGAACUGAUGAUGACCAUCGGCUCCCGGCGGAGCUGUCUGAACCAGAAUCUGGCUCUCAAGGGUCAGUACGAGAGGGCACUGCAAGAUCUGGCAGACCUGCUGGACACCGGACGAGAGAAGAUGGCUGAAGACCAGAAAACCAUCGUGUCUUCCAAGGAGGAAAUCCAGCAAUGGCUUGACAAACACAAGGAAUAUUUUCAGGGCCUGGAAUCCCAUAUGAUCUUGACUGAAACGCUCUUCAGAAAGAUCAUCAGCUUUGCAGUCCUGAAGGAAACUCAAUUCCAUACAGAGCUGAUGGCUCAGGCUUCAGCGGUGCUGAAACGUGCUCACAAGAGGGGCGUGGAGCUGGAGUACAUUCUAGAGACCUGGACCCAUCUGGACGAGGACUACCAGGAGCUCAGCAGACAGCUUGAAGUGGUGGGAAGUAGCAUUCCAAGUGUGGGUUUGGUGGAGGAGAGCGAAGACAGGCUCAUCGACCGGAUAGCACUCUACCAGCAUUUAAAAUCCAGCCUAGAUGAAUACCAGCCCAAGUUAUAUCAGGUAUUAGAUGAUGGGAAACGACUUCUGAUAUCCAUUAGCUGCUCAGAUCUGGAAAGCCAGCUAAAUCAACUUGGAGAACACUGGUUAAAUAACACGAACAAAGUGUCUAAGGAGCUUCACAGAUUGGAAACAAUACUCAAACACUGGACCAGGUAUCAAAGUGAAUCUGAAGAUCUAAUAAACUGGUUACAGUCUGCAAAAGACAAGCUAGAAUUUUGGACCCAGCAAUCUGUGACAGUCCCGCAAGAACUGGAAAUGGUCCGUGAUCAUCUGAACGGUUUCCUGGAGUUUUCAAAAGAAGUGGAUGCCAAAUCUUCCCUGAAAUCAUCUGUUUUGAGCACUGGAAAUCAGCUCCUUCGAUUAAAAAAGGUUGACACAGCUGCCCUGCGCUCUGAGCUGUCUCACGUUGAUAGCCAGUGGACUGAGCUGCUGACAAAUAUUCCAGUUGUACAGGAAAAGCUUCACCAGCUCCAGAUGGAUAAGCUGCCCUCCCGCCAUGCUAUUACUGAGCUCAUGAGCUGGAUUUCUCUAAUGGAAAAUGUUAUUCAAAUGGAUGAAGAGAAAAUAAAAAAUGCCAUAGGUUGCAAAGAAAUUCAUGAAUACCUUCAGAAAUAUAAGGGUUUCAAGAUAGACAUUAAUUGUAAACAGUUGACCGUCGAUUUUGUGAACCAGUCUGUGCUACAAAUCAGUAGUCAGGAUGUGGAAAGCAAACGGAGUGAUAAGACUGAUUUUGCUGAGCAACUUGGAGCAAUGAAUAAAAGCUGGCAAAUCCUGCAGGGUCUGGUCACCGAGAAGAUCCAGCUGUUGGAAGGCUUAUUGGAAUCUUGGUCAGAAUAUGAAAAUAAUGUACAAUGUCUGAAAACUUGGUUUGAAACCCAAGAGAAGAGACUAAAGCAGCAACAUCGUAUCGGAGAUCAGGCCUCAGUUCAGAAUGUGAUGAAAGACUGUCAGGAUCUGGAAGACUUGAUCAAAGCAAAAGAAAAAGAAGUAGAGAAAAUUGAGCAGAGUGGACUUGCUUUGAUUCAGAACAAGAAAGAAGAAGUCUCUGGUGUUGUCAUGUCCACUCUGCAGGAGCUCAACCAGACCUGGGCACAUUUGGACCACGUGGUUGGGCAAUUAAAGAUACUGUUGAAGUCCAUGCUGGAUCAAUGGAGCAGGUACAAAGUGGCUUUUGAUGAGAUAAACUGUCACCUCAUGGACGCCAGGUACUCUCUCUCCCGCUUCCGCCUGCUAACUGGCUCCUUAGAGGCUGUGAAGGUUCAAGUGGACAGCCUCCAGAGUCUUCAAGAUGAUCUAGAAAAACAGGAAAGGAGCUUAGAAAAAUUUGGCUCUGUCACCAACCAACUAUUAAAAGAGUGUCACCCACCUGUGACAGAUACUCUCAGCAACACACUGAAAGAAACCAACAUGAGGUGGAAUAACUUGCUGGAAGAGAUUGCUGAGCAGCUGCACUGCAGCAAGGCCCUGCUUCAGCUCUGGCAAAGAUACAAGGACUACUGGACACAGUGUGCUUCCGGGGUGCAGCAGCAGGAGGACCGCACCAACGAGCUGUUGAAGGUUGCCACCAGCAAGGACAUUGCCGAUGAUGAAGUGGCCGCGUGGAGUCAAGACUGUAACGACCUCCUCAAAGGACUGGGGACAGUUAAAGAUUCCCUUUUUGUUCUCCAUGAGCUGGGUGAGCAACUCAAGCAACAAGUAGAUGCUUCUGCAGCUUCUGCCAUUCAGUCUGAUCAACUCUCCUUGAGUCAACGCUUAUGUGCCCUAGAGGAGGCUCUGUGCAAACAGCAAACUAUGCUACAGGCUGGAGUUCUUGACUACGAAACCUUUGCCAAGAGUUUAGAAGCUUUGGAGGCCUGGAUAGUAGAGGCUGAAGAAAUCCUACAAGCACAGGACCCUAGCCACUCAUCUGACCUCUCGACCAUCCUGGAAAGGAUGGACGAGCUUAAGGGACAGAUGUUAAAGUUCAGCAGCAUGGUUCCGGAUUUAGACCGUCUAAAUGAGCUUGGGUACAGGUUGCCCCUGAAUCAUAAAGAAAUCAAAAGGAUGCAGAAUCUGAACCGGCACUGGUCCCUGAUCUCCUCUCAAACUACAGAGAGAUUCAGUAAGUUGCAGUCAUUUUUGUUACAACAUCAGACUUUCUUGGAAAAAUGUGAAACAUGGAUGGAAUUCCUGCUUCAAACAGAGCAAAAGUUAGCGGUGGAGAUUUCAGGCAAUUACCAGCAUCUUUUGGAACAGCAGAGAGCUCAUGAAUUGUUUCAAGCAGAAAUGUUCAGUCGACAGCAGAUAUUGCACUCAAUCAUUAUGGAUGGACAGCGUCUUCUAGAACAAGGUCAAGUUGACGACAGGGAUGAGUUCAACCUGAAGCUGACCCUUCUCAGCAAUCAGUGGCAGGGAGUGAUCCGCAGGGCCCAGCAGAGGAGAGGGAUCAUCGACAGCCAGAUUCGUCAGUGGCAGCGCUACAGGGAGAUGGCAGAGAAGCUUCGGAAGUGGUUGGUCGAAGUGUCCUAUCUGCCCGUGUGUGGUCUCGGAAGCGUCCCCAUACCACUGCAACAAGCGAGGACCCUCUUUGAUGAAGUGCAGUUCAAAGCAAAAGUGUUCCUGCGCCAACAAGGAAGCUACAUUCUGACCGUGGAGGCAGGCAAGCAGCUCCUGCUUUCUGCAGAUAGUGGUGCCGAGGCUGCCUUGCAGGCCGAGCUCACUGAAAUCCAAGAGAAAUGGAAAGCAGCCAGCAUGCAUCUGGAGGAACAGAAGAAAAAACUGGCCUUCUUGUUGAAAGACUGGGAAGCAUGUGAGAAGGGAAUAGCUGAUUCUCUGGAGAAACUAAGAACUUUCAAAAAGAAGCUUUCCCAACCUUUACCAGAUCACCAUGAAGACCUUCAUGCAGAGCAAAUGCGGUGCAAGGAAUUAGAAAAUGCAGUUGGGAGCUGGACAGAAGACCUGACGCAGCUGACACUGCUGAAGGACACCCUCUCUGCCUUUAUCAGUGCCGAUGACAUCUCCAUCCUUAAUGAACGCACGGAGCUUCUGCAAAGGCAGUGGGAAGAGCUUUGCCACCAGCUCUCCUCAAGGCGGCAGCAAAUAAGUGAGCGACUGAAUGAAUGGGCAGUCUUCAGUGAGAAGAACAAGGAGCUUUGUGAAUGGUUGACUCAGAUGGAAAGCAAAGUUUCUCAGAAUGGAGACAUUCUCAUUGAAGAAAUGAUCGAGAAGCUCAAAAAGGAUUAUCAAGAGGAAAUUGUUGUUGCCCAAGAGAACAAAAUCCAGCUCCAGCAAAUGGGAGAGCGACUUGCGAAAGCCAGCCAUGAAAGUAAAGCGUCUGAGAUUGAGUACAAGCUCGGGAAGGUCAACGAGCGGUGGCAGCAUCUCCUGGAUCUCAUUGCAGCCAGGGUAAAGAAGCUGAAGGAGACCCUGGUUGCGGUCCAGCAGCUGGAUAAGAACAUGAGCAGCCUGAGGAGCUGGCUCGCUCACAUUGAGUCAGAGCUGGCCAAGCCAAUUGUCUACGAUUCCUGUGACUCCGCAGAAAUACAGAGAAAGCUUAACGAGCAGCAGGCCCUUCAGCGGGACAUCGAGAAGCACAGCACGGGCGUCGCCUCCGUCCUCAACCUGUGCGAGGUGCUGCUGCACGACUGCGACGCGUGCGCCACCGACGCCGAGUGCAAAUCCAUCCAGCAGGCGACCCGGAACCUGGACCGGCGCUGGAGGGACAUCUGCGCCAUGUCCAUGGAGAGGCGGCUCAAAAUUGAAGAGACAUGGCGAUUAUGGCAGAAGUUUCUGGAUGACUAUUCUCGUUUUGAAGAUUGGCUGAAGAUUUCAGAAAGGACAGCUGCUUUCCCCAGCUCUUCUGGGGUGCUCUAUACAGUUGCCAAGGAAGAGCUAAAGAAAUUUGAGGCCUUCCAGCGGCAGGUCCACGAGAGCCUGACCCAGCUGGAACUCAUCAACAAGCAGUACCGCCGUUUGGCCAGGGAGAACCGCACAGACUCAGCAGGGAGCCUCAAGCAGAUGGUCCAUGAAGGCAACCAGAGAUGGGACAACCUGCAAAAGCGGGUCACCUCCAUCUUGCGCAGACUCAAGCAUUUUAUUGGCCAGCGUGAGGAGUUUGAGACUGCACGGGACAGCAUUCUGGUCUGGCUAACAGAGAUGGAUCUGCAACUCACCAACAUUGAACAUUUUUCUGAGUGCGAUGUCCAAGCUAAAAUAAAACAACUCAAGGCCUUCCAGCAAGAAAUUGCACUGAACCACAAUAAGAUUGAGCAGAUAAUCGCCCAGGGGGAGCAGCUGAUAGAGAAGAGCGAGCCCUUGGAUGCCGCUGUCAUCGAGGAGGAGCUGGACGAGCUCCGCCGGUACUGCCAGGAGGUCUUUGGUCGUGUGGAGAGAUACCACAAGAAACUGAUUCGCCUGCCGCUCGCCGACGACGAGCAUGGCCUUUCCGACCGCGAGCCGGAGCGGGACGACCCCCCGGCCCUCGCGGCCCUCCGCUGGCCCGACCGCCCCGCUGACCGCGCGCUCUCCCCCCUGCCCUCCUCCCACCCCGCCCUGUGCCUGGCUCAGCCGCUCCGGAGUGAGCCGUCGGGUCGGGACACGCCCGCCAGCGUGGACUCCAUCCCCCUGGAGUGGGACCACGACUACGACCUCAGCCGCGACCUGGAGACCGCCGCGCCCGGAGCCCUCCCCUCGGAGGACGAGGGCGGCCAGCACGGCAGAGGCUUCUACCUCCGCGGGGCCGCCGGCGUGUCAGAUGUAGUGAUCCCUGAAAGCCCCGAGGCCUUUGUAAAACUCACAGAAAAUGCAAUCAAAAGCACCUCUGGGGAUCACGGUGCCUUGGAGUCACAGAUUCGACAACUGGACAGAGCCCUCCAUGAUAGCCACUUUCACAUGCAGCAAACCGAAAAUAUUAUCCGCAGCAAAACUCCCACGGGACCGGAGCUGGACUCCAGCUACAAAGGCUAUAUGAAACUGCUGGGUGAAUGCAGCGACAGUAUAGACUCAGUGAAAAGACUGGAACACAAACUGAAGGAGGAGGAAGAGAAUUUCCCUGGAUUUAUUAACCUCAAUAGUACCGAAACACAAACAGCUGGUGUGAUUGAUCGAUGGGAGCUCCUCCAGGCCCAGGCACUGAGCAAGGAGCUGAGGAUGAAACAGAACCUCCAGAAGUGGCAGCAGUUCAACUCUGACCUCAACAGCAUCUGGGCCUGGCUUGGGGAGAUGGAGGAGGAGCUGGAACGGCUCCAGCGGCUGGAGCUCAGCACUGACAUCCAGACCAUCGAGGGCCAAAUAAAAAAGCUCAAGGAGCUCCAGAGAGCCGUGGACCACCGCAAAGCCAUCAUCCUCUCCAUCAAUCUGUGCAGCCCCGAGUUCACCCGGGCUGGCAGUGAGGAGAGCCGGUGCCUGCAGGACCGCCUGUCACAGCUGAACGGGCUCUGGGACCGCGUGUGCACUCUGCUGGAGGAGUGGCGGGGCCUGCUCCAGGACGCACUCAUGCAGUGCCAGGAUUUCCAUGAAAUGAGCCAUGCUUUGCUUCUUAUGCUGGAGAACAUUGACAGAAGGAAAAACGAAAUUGUCCCGAUAGAUUCUAACCUUGAUGUAGAGAUACUUCAGGAUCAUCACAAACAGCUUAUGCAAAUAAGGCGUGAGCUCUUGGAGUCGCAGCUAAAAGUGGCCUCGCUUCAAGACAUGUCUUGCCAACUGUUGGUGAAUACGGAAGGGACGGAUUGUUUAGAAGCCAAAGAGAAAGUCCACGUGAUUGGAAACCGGCUGAAGCUGCUCUUGAAGGAGGUCAGUCGUCACAUCAAGGACCUGGAGAAGUUAUUAGACAUGUCAGGCAGUCAGCAGGAUUUGUCUUCCUGGUCUUCUGCUGAUGAGCUGGACACCUCAGGAUCUGUGAGUCCUGCCUCAGGAAGAAGCACCCCAAACAGACAGAGAACGCCACGAGGCAAAUGUAGUCUCUCCCAGCCUGGACCCUCUGCCAACAGUCCUCAUAGCAGGUCCACAAAAGGUGGCUCCGAUUCCUCCCUUUUUGAGCCCCGGCCCUCUCGGUCCAGCCGAGCCUUUCUGUUCAGAGUCCUCAGAGCCGCCCUUCCCAUUCAGCUCCUCCUGCUCCUCCUCCUCGGGCUCGCCUGCCUUGUGCCAGUGUCCGAGGAAGACUACAGUUGUGCCCACUCCAACAAUUUUGCCCGAUCGUUCCACCCCAUGCUCAGAUACACCAACGGCCCUCCUCCACUGUGAACCCAGCAGCUGCUGACGGCAGAAGUGCUGGGAGCAUAGGCCUCGGCUGAAAGCAAUCCCAAGCCAUCAAGAAGAGGACCUUCAUCUUGUCAGUUAACUUCUGUGUGACAGCUUUAGCUCCUCUGUGUCCCCUGGGCUUAAAACGUGGCUUCAGGGCUGGAUGAGAAACAGAUGGGAGGAGAGCAAACAGAUGCAAAAAGGCUGAGAAGAAAUUUCAGUUUAAAACUCUGACCCAAAGCACUAAAGAUUUAAGAGGAUGGACCUCCAAAGUCCACCAUGCACAGGAAUCCGGGGCCUGUGGCCCGUUCUCUGCACAGCCAAGGACUUGAGUGGACGUGUGGGCAGCCGCUUACGGUGCUGCUCCAUCCAUCCCAUAAAGGGUCCUCCCUGAGCGUCAUGUCAACAUUGCACAAUCUACCAACCACCCAGUGCUGGAGAGAUUUUAGAACAGUGUAACAUACAAUUUUUUAAAGCUUAUAUGGCAGCUUCCUUUUUACCUUGUUUUCCUUUUGGGCAUGAUGGUCUAACCUUUGCUGUAAAUCUAAAAGGCACUUUUUUUAAAGAUAUAAAGAAAAAACUGGAUGUAAUAAAUAAGAUCAUGGAAACAUAUAUGUUAAAAAAUGUUGAAUGUUAAAGUAAAACAAAAACAUAUUUAUGUAUGUACAGUUUGCUAAAGCCAAGUUUUGUUUGUAUAUUGAUUUCUUUGCAUUUAUUAUAGAUACUGUGAAAUA